AUGUCGCAAGUAUUAAGACCCCCUAAAGAAUUGUAUAAAAAACAUAGUGAAAAGUUAUCAUUUUGUUAUAUACCAGGUCAUUCUCAAUUUCAAGAUGGUUACUUAGGCAUCACCGAAUCAUCUGUAUCUG